ACUCCCUUCUCUACAAACAAAGACCGCCAUCUCUCUCUCUCUAUCUCUCUUUCUCUCUCUUAAAAAAAAAAAAAAAAACACUCUUCUUCCUUCUCUUCUCUCUGUCUCUCUCUCUGUUUUUCUGAAGCACUGUAAUGGAAAACCGAUUCAAACUGAAACUCUCCCGCAUGUUCCGUGGCUCGUUCGGAUCAUGUAGGUCCCGAAACGUAUCGGACGUGGUCGAGAAAAAAGUUUUCUCACCUGACAACAACCAAAGCUUCCACAUGAUCAACCCCAUCUCACCAAAGACUCGACCUUUCUCUUCCAUUUGCAGACCCAAAUGCUCCGAACCCAAUGAAUCCAUAGAUAACAACUGUAUCAUAUCCACCAUGGAUGUAUUGCUUCCGAGACCAAAAUUGUCCGAGCGAUGCUCACCUUUUCUCAAGGCCGAUAAUGAUGGCCAAACUUGCCCUCCUGCUUCUCCAAUUUUCCCACUGAACCCAUUUUACCAGUUACGGGAUAAUAAUAAUAAUAAUUAUUAUUACAGACAGAGAAAGAAGAAGAUGGUGAAGAACAACAACAAGAGCAAAAAGAAGACGACCCACUUGAAGAGAUGUAAAAACAGAGAGUUUUUUCUCCCAUUCAGCUCUUCUUCUCAGGAAAGCAGUAAUCUUGGUGGUUGGUGGUUUAGCAGCGAAGACGAAGAUGAAAGAGAAGAUGAAACAGAUACCCUUUUCACUUCCCAAAGUAUCUCCUCGGAUUCUUCGGAGCCACACCGUCGUCACCACCGUUGUUCUUCUUCUCGGCGUAAAGGAAAUAGGUCGGUUCGGAGGACAAGGGCGAGUUCUGAAGUGGGUCUAAUGCCAUUACAGGGGAAAGUGAAAGGAAGCUUUGCGGUGGUGAAGAAAUCCAGCGAUCCCCACAACGAUUUCAGGACUUCAAUGGUGGAAAUGAUCGUGGAGAAACAGAUCUUCUCGGCUAAAGAUCUUGAGCAGCUUUUGCAGUGUUUUCUGUCACUGAAUUCACACCAUCAUCAUAAGGUCAUCGUUGAGGUUUUUACAGAGAUAUGGGAAGCACUGUUCUCUAACUGGGGAUCUUGAAAAAAAAGAAAAAAUAAUAAAAAAGAAAACUUUUCUCUCUUUUCUUCUCUGUGACGCUGCCAUUUGUGUUUUUUAAUUAGUAGUUAGAAUUCUAACUUUGAUAGACUAAUUAGUGUAUUAUCCUCCAUUUUCCUACCACCCAAUAGCUACCUUUCUGGGUUUAUUAUGGUGGUGAAUCAUAUUCUUGUUUUAAUAUGGAAAGGACUAUGAAAUGGACUUUAAAUUUUCUUGUAAUUUUCUGCGUUGCUCUUUUU